GUGAUUUCUCGAAUCGACGACGAGAAUGAACGUUCGCGUCGUUUCUUGCCCAAAGUGAGCCACGAUAAGGUCACCAAGCUGUGCCGCGAUGUAAUGGUGAAUGCCCAUAAGGAGCAUCUAUACGCAGUGUGCCAUGAAUGUAUCGAGGCCGGCCGCGUUAAUGGUACGCUCUGCUCGCUAGCUCCUAAUGCUCCUCCGGGCAGUUUGGCCAUUCCGUGUUAUAUUGGAGCAGGCCUGAGUUGCUUAUGCUUUUUUCCUGUGCAACAGUGA